CCUCUCAUUUUCUUCCCAGAUUUCACAUCAAUUAUAGGCCCAUUUCUGGCCCAACCUCUUCUCUCUCUCUCUCUCUCUCUCUCUCUCGCUCUGCUUUCCGAGUCAUUUCAUUUUCCCGGAAAAUCAAAAAGAUCUUUCCUUUUGAUCGAAUUCAUGUCGGAAAAAGGCAGGCCACUCCCAAAAUUUGGUGAAUGGGACGUCAAUGAUCCUGCUUCAGCUGAGGGGUUUACUGUGAUCUUUAACAAGGCUAGGGAUGAGAAGAAGACAGGUGGAAAACCCGAGUCACCAGGAAAGGCUGAUCCUAAUAUCAGGCAGGGAGGAGGAGUGGAUCCUGGCACUGGCCGGCCUUCAUCUAAAAAAUGGUUUUGCUGCCUUCAUCAACCACAGACCGAGUCUUGACAAUGUUGUUCUCUGCGCAAGUGCUCCGAUGGAGGAGCACGGUGUUCUGUAACUUGCUCCACCAUAUUUUUCCAAAGAAGAUAGGGAGCUGUAUAGCAAUGUUGGAUGGAAUUACCAUGUCGCGUAAAAAAACAAAAAAACUUUGUGAUGGGAGGAGUAAAGAAUGACAAAUACUUAUUGUAUCUAUAUUGUCCGUCUGAUCUGUUUCUUCGUCUUAUCUUUGCUUAUGACAUUCUUUUCCUUCUUCCCUAAUUGUAUUAUCAAACCACUCUUUGUGUGAAAUUAUUUUGUUCUCGAUUUCGAAUUCCGAAAACCUUUAUCUUCUUUUC